GAGUCCAUCACCACUUCACCUUGAAAAUACCUAUUAUCAGCUCCAGCUUCCUAUCCACGAUGGCUGACUUGACAUCGUAAUAAAACUGUUUUGCUAUAUAAUACAUAUUAAAACUCCUUAUUCACACAUUUGUGAGCUGUUAAGCUCUGAUUUAUCGAAGAUGAUACCACAAAUACGUACAUCCUAUACACAGCGAAUAUCGCAAGAUCAUGCAACAGAACCAAUACAAGAAGUCGUCAUAGCGUCGAAUAGAUAUUAAAACAACCCAAAAAAUCAAUUUGCGAUUAGAAUAUAUGAAAGAAAGCCCACUAGUUCUCACUCUAAUCUCUAAUUUGGCGCACCAUAAAGUUAUCAUAUCCAUGACCGAAGCUCAAGAUGGCUUCCAUAUUCACUUUCGAUCAUGACCCCCCGCGGGUGAACUCCCCAUGGCAAACUGGACAGGACUCAGGAAAGAGACCUCAUGUCGAGCGUUCUGUGACAACCGGGGCUAUUCCUGAGUCUGAUCAGCUCUCCGAUUCUCAUCUGGAGAGACUCGAAGCCGAGCCGCAGGACGGCCCAAUAGAGUACAAAUUACACCUUUUGCUACGGCCACGAAGGAGAUAUAAUAACAUGAGCACUGCACUGAAAGUAUCCGGAUCUCAGCAAUCCAAACCAAUGCGAGAAGCAAAGCAGCCAAAGCAAGUCGGACCAGCUCCCACAUCUUCUAGCCAGACUAGGCAAAAUCGUCUCCAUCAUUUAACCACUCAACUGCUUUGGAGACUGCAACAGUCAUCACCGAAUCAUUCCACGGCGAGACGUGACCUCGUGAUACCAAAAUUGCUGGAGGACAUUGCUGAUCUUACUGCUUUAGAGAAGCCAGGGCAACUACUCCCUGGCCUCGAGGAGUCCAAUGGAGCGCUGUACGAAUUAGGUGUAGCUGACGAUGGCACGUUCAUCGGCUUGACCAAGGAUGAGAUGGACGAGAGCAUGGCAACUCUCAAAGUCAUGGCUGCUAGUCUAGGUUGCAGGGUCGAGGUGCAACGUAUGAAGGCUAUCGGGACAUGCCAGUGGGUCGAUAGCACACCAGAGUCCGAAGGCAAAAUUCAUGUCGCAGAUCUUUGGGUAGCGGAGGCUCUCGUGAUGCCAGUGCUAAAUAUCGAGAGCAAUAAGAAUGGUCAAGAAGUAGAUCAACUGAGCGCAACUCCGAGGAGAGGCGCUUCGAUCACCGAACAACUCCGUGUUUCACUCAUUGGACCGACGACGUCUGGUAAAACAACACUACUCGGAACACUGUCCAACGGCACAUUGGACAACGGACGGGGAAGUAGUAGGAUCAACCUAUUGAGACAUCGCCAUGAGGUCGCAUCUGGACAAACAAGUUCAAUCGCACAAGAACUCAUCGGGUAUGAGGAUCGAAGGAUCUUCAAUUACAACAUUGAUAAUAUCAAUGAAUGGCCAGACAUCCAUGACCGCGCAGAGAAAGGCCGGUUGGCCUUCUUACUUGACUCCGCUGGACACCCACGAUACCAGCGAACUACUCUUCGAGCUCUCGUCGGAUGGGCACCUCACUGGACUUUUCUGUGUAUUCCAAAUGAAGAUGGGGCACUUGCCUCUGGCGCCCACUCCCUUUCCGGUGUGGACGGGGCUCUAGGAGUCGGGAUAGCCUCGAUAGAUCUGGCUAUGGCGCAUCUCGAUUUAUGCUUAAAACUGGCCAUGCCUCUCGCCAUUCUCAUCACCAAAUCUGAGUUGGGACAGAUGGCGACCUUGAAGGAACACUUAGCCGUAGUGUUCACCAAAGUUAAAGCUAUGGGGAGGAUACCGAAAUUAUUGACUUCAACCGCACGCGACGAGGACAAUCUGAUAGAAGUUCCCAGCAACGACCUUCAGAAGAUCCAGGAUGAAGUCACUGGCCCCAUUUCCAAAUCUGGUGACCGGCUGUCUAUUGUUCCCGUGAUCCUCACAAGUGCUGUUAAAGGUAUUGGUAUUGGGUUGACUCAUGCUUUGCUACGAAGUUUGCCGAUUCCGCCUAUACCGACGGCAAGAGAUUUCGUUCCGCUCGCCUUGAACCCAGAACAACCGGAUGCUCUCUUUCACAUCGAUGAGGUUUUCGAUAUGUCAUUGAGCCGCGCUCAGACGGCUACAACAGGGCCGGGGGGAAGCGCGCCUGUAGUAACGGGUUACCUGCGGUUCGGGAGGUUAUCUAUAGGUGAUAAAGUUGUUCUGGGGCCCUUCCCGGGAGACGAAGAGGAUGCUGGUGCUCUGGUCCCGAAAGAUCACCCUCCGCCUGGAUACGGGUUAUCAAUUCCUCAUCCUUCAUCUGCGGAAUUCGCCCGACUUAGCUCUCGCCAUACGCUAUCAGCCUCCAAGGUCGAGGGUGAAUGGCGCCAAGCUACAAUCGUGAACAUUCGUGAUUUGAGGCUCCCCGUACAAACUAUCGAAGCAGGACAAGCGGGCUCUAUUCAGGUGGUCUUCAACGAACCUAAUAGCGACAUAUCCGAUUCCGAUGCUGCCUCCGGAAAACCGAAGCUAUCCAUUGGCAGCCUCCGUAAGGGCCAGGUUCUCGCCGUGCCUAGUCAACACAUGGUUGAUACGGGGCUCACCCUCCAAGCAGCUUCUAGUCUAAUAGCUUCUUUCAAAACAUCGGACGUUAAGUCACUGACCGUGAAUAGUUUGGUAAACGCCUACGUGGGAAUGGUUCGUGCCGCCGUUCGGGUAUUGCGAGUGACACGUCAAAGGUCCGAGCUCAACGCACAAAAGGGUUCGGCAGAAGACGACGAAGACAUGUUUAGUAUGAAUGAUCAUAUAGAGCUCGAACGUACCAAGUCAGAAGCGGAUCUCGACGAGUACCAAGCAGAAUACCACGUCUCACUGGAACUUCUGAAUAGUAGGGAAUGGAUCGAACUCGGGUCUCAAAUCGUUCUCGUAGAAGGAGGAUUCAGGGAUAAGUCGGGGCUUGAAGGUUAUGUUGGCAAUGUGAUCGAGAUUGUAGAGUGAAUAGAACAUUAUUAUCAUAGCAUUUCUAUGUAGCGAUUUUAGAUAGAACAUCAGUAAGGAC